AUGAAGAAGUCAGGCCCAGAGGAGGCAGAAAAUCCCAAUGAGCCUUGCCCAGGCACUCCCGACAAUGCCCCAGGCUCGCAGCCCCUGCAGCCCAAGAGCCGGAGCCGCCUCCUGGGCAGGUGCAGUUCUGAGGAGUCUUCUGGGAUGGACCCCUCCUAUCAGGAAUGGGAGCCGGCCCCUUGCCCCAUUAUUAAGUUCAGCCCCAUGGUGGAAAGGCCACGGGGUAACGAUCAGUUUGUCCGGCAGCUGUCUCAGGAUUCCAUUCCCACCAACUCCGAAAAACCCCUCAAGCUCUAUGACCGCAGGAAGAUCUUUGAGGCUGUGGCCCAGGGCAGCUGUGAGGAGCUCAGUGACCUGCUGCUAUAUCUGCAGCGGAGCCAGAGGAAACUCACAGACAGUGAGUUCAAAGAUCCAGAAACGGGGAAGACCUGCCUGCUCAAAGCCAUGCUAAACCUACAGGAGGGCAAGAAUGAGACCAUCCCCCUCCUCCUGGCAAUUGCCAGGCAGACGGGCAGCCUGGAGGAGUUUGUGAAUGCCAGCUACACAGAUAGCUACUACAAGGGCCAGACGGCUCUUCACAUCGCUAUUGAGAGACGGAACAUGGCCCUGGUGACCCUUCUGGUGGAAAAUGGUGCCGACGUCCAUGCUGCCGCCCAUGGAGACUUCUUUAAGAAAACCAAAGGAAGAACUGGCUUUUAUUUUGGCGAGCUGCCUCUCUCUCUGGCGGCCUGCACCAACCAGCUGGGCAUUGUGCAGUACCUGCUCCAGAAUCCCCACCAGACUGCAGACAUCGAGGCCAAGGACUCCGUGGGCAACACCGUCCUCCACGCCCUGGUGGAGGUGGCCGACAACACCGCGGAGAACACCAAAUUUGUGACAAGCAUGUACAACGAUCUCCUGAUCCUCGGCACCAAGAGUCGCCCCACCCUGAAGCUGGAGGAGGUUACCAACAAGAAGGGGCUCACGCCUCUGGCACUAGCUGCCAAGAGUGGAAAGAUCGGGGUGCUGGCCUAUAUUCUCCGAAGAGAAAUCCAAGAGCCUGAGUGCAGACACCUCUCCCGAAAGUUUACGGAGUGGGCCUAUGGACCGGUACAUUCAUCUCUCUAUGAUCUGUCCUGCAUAGACACAUGCGAGAAGAACUCUGUGCUGGAGGUGAUUGCCUACAGCAGCAGUGAGACCCCAAACCGCCAUGACAUGCUGUUGGUAGAGCCCCUGAACCGUCUACUGCAGGACAAGUGGGACCGAUUUGUGAAACGCAUCUUCUAUUUCAAUUUCUUUGUCUAUUCUGUGUACAUGGUAGUCUUCACAUGUGCUGCCUACCACCGGCCUGUGGGUGGCUUGCCUCCUUUUACAUUUGACUAUACCACUGGCGCCUAUUUCCGAGUCACGGGAGAGCUGCUGUCAGUUUUAGGGGGAAUCUAUUUCUUUUUCCGAGGGAUUCAGUACUUUCUACACCGGAGGCCUUCCCUCAAGACUUUGUUUGUGGACAGCUACAGCGAGGUGCUCUUUUUUAUCCAGUCUGUGUUUCUCCUGAUCUCCGUUGCACUGUACUUCAGCCGUUGCAAGGAAUAUGUGGCCUCCAUGGUGUUCUCUCUGGCGAUAGGCUGGACCAACAUGCUUUACUAUACCCGAGGCUUUCAGCAGAUGGGGAUUUACUCAGUCAUGAUUGAGAAGAUGAUCUUGAGAGACCUGUGUCGCUUUAUGUUUGUCUAUAUGGUCUUCCUGUUUGGAUUUUCCACAGCGGUGGUGACGCUGAUUGAGGACGGACAGAACAGCACAGAGACUGCCUGCCAUGGGGUUCGUCGCUCUACCAGCUGCAAGCCAUGCACCAGCUCCUACAACAGCUUGUAUUCCACGUGUCUGGAGCUCUUCAAGUUCACCAUCGGCAUGGGGGACCUGGAGUUCACCGAGAACUACGACUUCAAGGCAGUCUUCAUCAUCCUCCUGCUGGCCUACGUCAUCCUGACCUACAUCCUGCUGCUGAACAUGCUCAUUGCCCUGAUGGGGGAGACCGUCAAUAAGAUUGCCCAGGAGAGCAAAAACAUCUGGAAGCUCCAGAGAGCCAUCACCAUCCUGGACACUGAGAAGAGCUUUCUGAACUGCAUGAGGAAGGCCUUCCGGUCAGGGAAGCUAGUUCAGGUGGGCUACACACCUGAUGGGAGGGAAGACUACAGGUGGUGCUUCCGAGUUGAUGAGAUCAAUUGGACCACUUGGAACACUAACCUGGGCAUCAUCAAUGAGGACCCUGGAAACUGUGAGGGGAUCAAGCGAACUCUAAGUUUUAACUUACGCUCCAGUCGAGUUUCAGGGAAACACUGGAAGAAUUUUCCUCUGGUUCCACUUUUGAGAGAUGGGACAAGCCGAGACAGGCGCUCCAACCCCCCUGAAGAAGUGCGCCUGAGGCCCUUCUCAGGGUCUCUCAGGCCUGAGGACGCUGAAGUGUUUAAGGACCCCCAGGUUUUGGGCUCUGAGUGAUGACCAUGGUCCAGGCCUCCGUCAGCUCCUGCUGUCUCGUGGCCUGGGCCUCAUCUGCCUGGGACGGCCAAAGAUUCUCCAGUCCUCUGGGUGUCCCUAGGUCCUGCCCAUUGACUCCUGGUGACUUUGAACUCGCCCCCUCCUCCAGUCCCCAUGCUACUGCUGCUGCUGCCUCUGCUGGUGCUAUGGCCUCCGUCAGUACGGUCAGUUGGAGGCAUCAGGUACCUGUGCCGUGCUGUGACGUCCUUUGGUUCCUAUAGGAUCUCCUUGGGACUUUUGUCCUGGGGGCUGAGCAGAGAGGGUGGCGGUCCCCUGGCUGUGCUGCUUCUCUGGUCCUGUAAGAAUUUUCUCUGCACCCCGUUCCCGCCUCCCCCAUCUCCUCCCUUGCCUAUAACCUGGACUACCUUCUUCAUUGUACUUAGGGUGACCUCCACCUGUACAACACCUUCCUCCCAACAGGGAAGUCUGGAACUGGCCAACACAUACCCCUAGGAAGUCAAAGUGUGACAGGAAGAGAUUGAUUCUACAUGUUAAGCAGAUAAUAUUGACAUUACCCAUAUGGCUGUUAGCUUGCUGAACUGUCCAUCACUUUAAUUAAUGAUGACUAAUUAGCUAUGUUUGAAAUUAGCUUCUGUGUGUAUGUGUGUGUGCAUGUUAUGGACUAGAAAGGAAUGUCCUAAAUGCCUUUGUCCUGUGACCCAGCUUGGCCCAGAGCACGAAUUCUUACCCUUUUUUCUGUC